UACUUCAAUUCUUAUUCUCUACUUACAUAUCGAUUAGUUUAUUAUACCAUUUGGUGCCAAGUUCUAGACAUAAUUCAAGCCGAUGAACACUUAACACCCUCAGGUUUAGAACGACUACUCACAUGUGAGCUCAUGAAAUUAGGUGUGAAUGAUAAACUACAAGCCGCUUUUCCUAACUUGCUUUCAAUUCCACUUUCAGCAUAUAAACCUCAAUUAGAUACUAUGACAUUAGCUUGGUUAUCUGGUUUCGCUAAUACUGAUGGUAGUUUUUCUCCUGGUUUAUCUGAGUCUCCUCAUUAUACUACCGGUUAUAGUGUUGCACCCUUAAUUCAUUUUGGUAAUACCCUCAAAAGUGAAUUAGUUCUACAUCAAAUUAUUUCCUUUUUAGGAAUGGGUGCAUUUUAUGUAGAUCCUGAGACUAACUUUGGUUAUAUAAAUAUUACUGGGAUUGAUCGAGUUAAAGAAUUUAUCUCUGUGUUUGGAGAUACACCUAUCUAUGGUGCAAAAGCUUUUGAUUACCAAGAUUUUUGUAAAAUAGUUGGAAUUGUAGCCUCGAAAGGACAUCUUACAGAUUCUGGUCUGAAAAGAAUUAUCUAA